GUACUCCGCGCCAAUGGGCCAUGGAUGUGGUGAAGUCGUACUACAGCCGGUACGUCGAGCCCGACCGCCCCCAGCCGUACCCCCAGGAGUACUACCUCAACUACCUGUACCCCGAUGGCUUCUCGCGGACGCCGCCCGACGCCUACGACGUCAACACCUUCGACAGCUUCGUGUCCACCAGCUCGCAGUCCGAGGACAACUUCCACCCCGCCGAGACGGCGCCCGAGGAGCGGCGGCGCGGCCGCAAGAAGAUCGUGCGCGACCGCCUGCCGUCGCCGUCCGUGAUGAAGCGGCGGCGGCUGGCGGCGAACGCGCGCGAGCGCCGCCGCAUGAACGGACUCAACGAGGCCUUCGACCGCCUGCGCCAGGUCAUCCCCAGCCUGGACGCUGAGCACAAGCUCAGCAAGUUCGAGACGCUCCAGAUGGCCCAGACGUACAUCGCGGCGCUGCGGGAGCUGCUGGAGCGCGACGGGGCCCGGUAGUACCUUCUCCAAAGAAACCCAGCCAAAGUACAUACUCUUGUGGACUACAGGUGGUGCCGCAGGUGCAAGAGUGAGUGUCGAAAUCUAGU